ACAGCGCAUGCGCAGAAGAACCCAUUCGCCGCCCUCUACGCGCCUGCGCGCUGGAGGCGGGGAGCUGCUGUUGCGUGCUGCGCAUGCGCACUGAGCGCGUCGGUGGAGCCGUGAGAGCGUUGAAAGAUGUCCGGUUUCCUGGAGGGCCUGAGGUGUUCCGAGUGUGUGGACUGGGGGGAGAAGCGGAACACCAUCGCGUCUGUGGCCGCUGGAGUGCUGUUUUUUACAGGUUGGUGGAUAAUCAUAGAUGCAGCUGUGAAGUACCCUACCAUGGAAGACUUCAACCAUUCGUAUCAUGCCUGUGGGGUUAUAGCCACCAUUGCAUUCCUAAUGAUCAACGCAGUUUCUAAUGGACAAGUGAGGGGUGACAGUUACAGCGAAGGCUGCCUGGGACAAACAGGUGCUCGGAUCUGGCUCUUCAUUGGCUUUAUGCUGAUGUUUGGUUCACUGAUUGCUUCAAUGUGGAUUCUUUUUGGAGGAUACGUCGUUAAAGAGAAAGCAGUUGUGUACCCAGGAAUUGCUGUAUUUUUCCAGAAUGCAUUCAUCUUUUUCGGAGGACUGGUCUUCAAAUUUGGCCGCACAGAGGAUCUGUGGCAGUGAACACACUGAUGGAAGUGCAUUGGCCAUGUCGGUUCUUUUUUAGCUGUGUGGAAGUUUUGUACAACCAUUUUGUAUGCGGUGCCCUUCAAUCAUCACUAAGGGUAAAAAGAAACAUGGGGAAGUGAAAUCUCAGCACUAAAAGAUCCUGGUUGCGUUUUAAAGGAAAAAAUACCCCAAAAAGCAGCUCUGUUGAUUUCAGUGUUGUGUUUCUGACGUGUAAAACUGCUACAGGUAGCACUGGAAGUCACUUUUGUAUGAUGUUUGCUCUAAGUAAAUAGAAUAGUGGGAGAUGAACACAUUUAACCAUUUAACACUUUCUAUGAUAUUUACAACCCAAGCCCUCUUUGCUUUAAAACAACUUUUUAACAUAUAUUUAUUAAGUAUUUCCUAUAUCUGGACAGUAUAAACAGUUCUUCACUUUCAAA